AAGUAAACCAUAGCCUGUCUACAAAUAGUUUACCUACCGACUGUGGGUCGGGUCUUUACAGAAACAAAAUGCUGGUUGUCAUAAUAACUUAUGUCUAUAAUAACAUACAAAACGUUUCUUAAAAUUAGUAAUCAUUACAUAAAUACGAUUGUAACGCCAAUAACAGUGAAUAAACAUACUUUUAUAUUCUGACAACACAUUCUUAACAUUUAAAGAAAACUAUUCACAACUGUUCAUAUGUCUGCUGUUUUUGACAAAUAAGUUUGAUGGCCGAUAUCUACCGGUGGAAUGUUUCAUCCAGAGAGCAUUUAGUUUCUUUUGUUUUCUCACAAGUAAAUACAGUAACACCAAUGACAAAAAAAUCCAGGGACAAGCUUAUAUUGCCUACUAUCUUUUGAAUACGGAAAACAUUUACAAGAUUCCUUCUUGAGUAAGUCAGCCAUCAGUACGUAUUACAUUAAAGGCAUUCAGUGUUACGUCUUCUGUUAUAUAUUUUAACAGUGCAUGUUAUGUUUAGUGUUAUGCUAGGGACAGGUAACACCAAUGACAUUUUACACUAAUCUCGAAUAAAAUCUCUAUCACGGCUGAUUACUAGAGGUAUCGUUAAAGACAACAAAUUUAGUUUUCUAUAUAUAAAUAAAAAAAAGAAUCUUGAAUUCUAGUAGGCAACAUUUAAACUGUAUUUUAAUAGUAAAUACGAUAUCGGUUUUUUUGUAACCUAGGGGAGAUUCUUGUUGAAAAAUGGGCUUAAAUUCGGUAAACAUUUCAGUUUUUAAGCCCAUGGGCUUCAUUUCAUGUAGGAUUAAACACGGGAAAGCCCGAUAUUUCUUUACUUUAUUAUUUAUUUAUUUAUUUAUUCUUUUCUUUUUUUUUUACUUUAUGGAGGUCAAAGUUCAAACGACAAACAAUAAUUGCGUGACGUCAUCUACAUAUAAGGGCGGUUUUACAACAGCUUGUUCUGAAUGUGUACGUAAACCCUAUGACCUGACCUAAAUGGAAAGAGCUAGAGCGCUCGCUCGAGAUGCAAUGGGUUGUGCGGUGUGGAAUGACACGGGCUGCCAGGCAAUGUCCCACGACACCAAAGUCAUAUGCAGGGGAUACAUUUGUCCGAGAUGCGAUGGGUCGUGUUGUGUGGAUGGACACGUGCUUACCCCAAUCCCGGGAAUAUCCGACGACACCAAAGCCACGGUCAGCGUCUCACUUACUGGAGAGAGAACGCUCGUCCGAGAUGCGAUGGGUUGUCGAUGUGGAUGGACAUGGGAUUCGGGGAAAGGGAUGCCCCACGACACCAAAGCCAUGGUCUAGCAUUCAUCUGACCUCAACUGAUGUUGGUAAACCUACCACACCAAAAAGCAAAAAGUCUGACGGUUGCACUGAUCAAACAAUCAGCUCUGCAACAUGGCGGCUGGCCGGAUAGUCAAUGCCAGACAUCUUCGGACCAUUGGUUUUUCUUCGUACACAAUAAAUAUACUUAAUCAGAAAUCUAAUCAUAGGUUUUCAAUAUAGCCUAUAUAUAUAUAUGACAAAAGGUACACUUUUUUACUUUCAUCUGUUUAAACUUGCACUAUAAAAUAAAAUAAUUUUUUCUAUGUUUAGGAAAAAUAAAAAUAUGCAGACACGAAAACAUGUGACACCGUCUGCUCAUCUUGUCACGUGGAAAUGAACAUUUUAAAUAUAGGCUACUGGGGAAUCACUUUGCAUAUAAUGAUAUAUAUAAAUAUAAGGAGUGAACUGGCAGGGCUGAGCCAUGGUGAAAGUUCCGGGGGGCAAAAGUUUCGGCAUUCUGAAGAUUUUAGAGCCUUAUUUGACUAAUUUCCGAGGAUCUUAAUUCCAAAUUAACAAUUCCAUGAAGUUGAAUUUUUUUUGCCAUUUUCCUGAUUCACACUAAAAUAUAUAGAAAACAAUUUAAUUUUGUCAAGCCAUACUCGGUUCAAUUGUACACCUGAUUGACAACAGGGUGAGGCAUAUUAUUUUUGCUAACGGAAUGGCUUUUAUGAACAAAACUUUGAAAUAACAGUAUAUGUUUGGAAUGAACAUAAAAAUUGCCCAGGAAGGGUGUGGCUAGCCACUCUAUUCACACCCUCCCCAGGAUCCGCCACUGAGAUGUGUAUAUUCUAAACAAGAAGAUGUAUUUGUAUGCCAUUUUAUUUGUUAAAAAGGCUCUAUAAAAACCUGUUCACAUGCACACAUUUGCAUACAAAGAGUAUUUGUUUACAUAUAUGCAAAUUUGCACACUUGAGUAAAUUUGGUCACCUAGUGGAAACAAAAUGCAAAUUAACUUUUGCAUAUACAAGUAAGAGUAUUUCAGACAAUUUUUGGUCAUGUGUACACACAGCGAAACUUGCUUACCUGAGCAAAUGCGAUUUUAUACUCGGGCCAUCUUCCUUUUAUACACAUGGGUAAAAUAUGCAUAUAUGUAUGUUUACUCAUGAGUGUAAAUUUUGGUCAUGUGAAUGGGGUUUUAGUCGGAAACAUUUUACAGUAGCAGUAAACUCCGGACUGUCCCUUUUAACAUAUACUUUACACCAAAACCUUGUCAUGUCAUGUCAUGUCAUAGGGUUUUACGUGCACAUUCAGAA